AUGAUUGGAAUAAAGGAUCGUGUAAACUCUAGUAAAUGUUGUGAUGUAAUACGAGCCGACAAUAUAAAAUGGAUACUAUGCAGUGCUGCAAAAGGGAGUAUCUUGAAUAUCACCUCUUUUAAUUUCAACGGACUAUAA